UGUGGAGAUAGGUAGACUUCUUAUUGUUAGAGGGCCUGCGACUUAUUCAGCAGAAAUAAUUAAUGGGUAAGUUCAAAACGGUGUGUGUAUUUUGUGGGAGUAAUUCUGGGCACAGAAAGAUAUUCAGUGAUGCAGCUCUUCAACUUGGGAAAGAACUGGUGGAGAGGAAGAUGGAUUUGGUAUAUGGAGGAGGAAGUGUAGGGUUGAUGGGGUUGGUUUCUCAAACGGUUUAUGAUGGCGGAUGUCAUGUUCUUGGAGUAAUCCCAAAAGCCCUAAUUCCACUUGAGAUAUCAGGCAAUUCAGUAGGACAAGUAUUCGUUGUAUCGAACAUGCAUGAAAGAAAGGCUGAGAUGGCUCGUCGAGCUGAUGCUUUCAUUGCAUUGCCCGGUGGGUAUGGAACCAUGGAAGAGUUGCUUGAGAUGAUAACAUGGUCUCAGCUUGGAAUCCAUGAUAAACCAGUGGGUCUUUUGAACAUUGAUGGGUAUUAUGAUUGCUUGCUUCGUCUGUUUGAUAAAGGUGUGGAAGAGGGAUUUAUCACUUUAUCUGCUAGGAAUAUUGUCAUAUCUGCAAAAACUGCCACAGAGCUGAUACAGAAGAUGGAGGAAUACAUACCUUUGCAUAAUCAAGUGGCUCCAGCCCAAAACUGGAAAGUCGGAGAAAACCAUGCAAAUGAUCUAUGACUGACUUUACAAAUGAACUGGUUUAGAAAAAAAGCAAGGGUUGAAUUUAGUUAUAUUUGAUAUUCUGAAAUCUAAUAUUCCUCUUAAGAUUGGGAUGUAACUGAUAUAUAUAUAGUAUUUCCUUUCAUAUGCAGUAACAAAUGUGCUUCUUAAAUCAUAAUUCUUCAUUCCCGUAGGCAUAACACU